AGCAGCAAGUAGCAAAGGCUCUGCGAGACGGCGGCGAGACAGACUGAUGGUAAGCCGAGUGUCAGCCAACUAAUAUUGUUCUUGUGCCAUUUCCAAGAAAUAAAUGUGGAUUGUAUUUUGUAGUAUAUCAAAAGUACUUUUAUUGUAUGUUGUUUUUUCUUGAUCUUUCAUUUUUGUGCAGCGAGAGUGUAAUGAUAAAGCUAGCUAUCUUGCUACCCGCUAUAUUGUGUGUAGUCUCAGCAUCACAGCCCGUCUGAUGUAAGACAGGCUUUUUCUGUCUGCCAUCCUCCUAAAUCAAGCUGACAUUACUGUUUAUUGUCAGCAUUAGAACUAAUUUAGAAUAAUAAGUUUACUAAAGUGGAUCGUAUCAUUGCCUACUGACAAACUAAUGUCUAACCCCCCUUUAGAAAAGCCAAGUAAGCUCGAGAUAAGCUUUUCAGUGUUUUGUCCAUGUAUCUGCAGAACUAUCAUGAGGAUCCAGUCACUCCACUAACAUGGACAAGUACGAGAAGGUGAAGAAAAUAGGGGAAGGGUCAUUUGGAAAGGCUGUCCUUGUCAAAUCCAAAGAAGAUGGACACCAGUAUGUCAUCAAGGAGAUUGGCAUAUCUGGAGUAAGCUUUCAUGCAUAAUUUAUGUCAUCUGUGUAAGAUUCUUUGCUAUUUUAUUUAGUUAUUUAUUUAUUUUACAGAUGUCAAGCAAAGAGAGGCAGGAAUCUCGGAAAGAAGUUGCAGUCCUUGCCAACAUGAGUCAUCCUAACAUCGUCCAGUAUAAGGAGUCUUUUGAAGGUAUUUAGACAAACAGAGACCAAAUAAAGCAUGCAUGAUGAGUUCAUUAAAAUCUCUUUCAAAUGUCUUUCAGAGGGAGGUUGUCUGUAUAUUGUGAUGGACUACUGUGAGGGUGGAGACCUCUUUAAGAAGAUCAACUCUCAAAAAGGAGUACUGUUCUCUGAAGAGAAAGUAAGUUAUCAAUUCAUUUAGACAGUCAUGGGUAUUUUGUACACACCUGUAUGACACCAUGUGGGUUGUUCGCAUCCUAAACUUAAAUACAUAUAUUUUUCUCUUCUUUUAUGAAAUGAAGUAGCUUUCCUAUAAUGUUUGGGUUUUUGUUUUAUGCCCGGUCUGCAAUAUUUUUUGACCAGGAAUUAUGUUACAGCUUAAUUUUUGCAUGCACUAAAGGUAUACUGCAUAGUAUUUAGCAUCAUUUAAUAGAACAAACUUGGCAGAAAUGAAAUUUUAUAGUCCUAAGUAUUUUUAAUGUCAAUGUCAGCUUUAUUUAUAUAGUACAUGUGCCGUUAUGUGCUCCCAUUUCUAAGUCCCAGUUAGGAGACGAGCUGCAGCAUUCUGAAUGAGCUGCAAGCAGUUGAGCUCUGACUUGCCAUUACUGACAUACAGGGAGUUACAGUAAUCUAGACAAGAUGUGAUAAAAGAAUGGAUAACUUAAAUUAGUUUAUAACCUCCAGAAUAAAGACAUUUUGUAUUGUUCACUUAUGAUGAGCCUUUUAUAUCUGUAGGCACAUCAUGACAAAUAAGAACAUCACAAAAAGGUCUACAUUUCCAAAUACGUCAGUAAAACAGAGUUUCAGCAUUACCAGACAGCAAUCACUUAUAUUCCAAGUGACAUAAUGUGAGAAUGAUUUGUGUUUUUUUUUCCUGUCUUAGAUUUUAGAUUGGUUUGUGCAGAUUUGUCUGGCCUUGAAGCAUGUGCAUGAUCGCAAAAUCCUCCACAGGGACAUCAAAUCACAGGUACUCUGUCAAUGCAACUCUGUCAGUAUAAGGUGUUUUUGCUCUGUGUUGUUUUCCCAACAUUUUUUUUCAUCGUGUCUGUUUAGAACAUAUUUCUUACAAAAGAUGGGACUGUGCAGCUAGGAGACUUUGGAAUUGCAAGAGUCCUAAACAGGUAUUUAAAAAAAUCCCCCAAACAGAUCUCCAAAAGUGAUGUUUUGGGAAUAUAAAUCAAUGUUGUUCUCAUUCUUAUUAUCAGCACCGUGGAGCUGGCAAGAACUUGUAUAGGAACACCAUAUUACCUGUCACCAGAGAUCUGUGAAAAUAAACCAUACAACAACAAAAGGUACUAACAUGGCUCCCUGAAGCUUUAAGGUGUAUUGCAUGGUGUAAACAUAUUAUUUGGUAGACAUUUGCAAGUUGUGAAACAUGCAGUGUUUGGUUGUGGGUGAUGUAAAGGUAUCACGUCUCCUCCUGUAUUGAGUGACCCUGCCUGGGUGUAUCUGCAGCAGGAAGCCAGCAUUGAUUUCCUCUGUAACUAUGUUAAGUAUACAUGUAAUCUAAUCCACUUUAAUGGUAGCUGAAGAAGUAAAUGUCACUCCGUCUAAAUGUUCUUUACAGAGUUUUCUCAGUAAGCUAACUGUGAAGAAAGUCAAAGUGUCCAUAGAGAAAUCGUAUGAAUCCUUUCCCUUGGUAUCCCUUGCUCUUCCUUUCUGUGUAUGCUCACUCCUCUCAUUAUCCCUAUUUUCCCUCCCUUUGCAGUGAUAUUUGGGCCCUAGGGUGUGUCCUGUAUGAAAUGUGCACUCUUAAGCAUGCUGUAAGUAUUCUGUGUGUGAGUUGUUUACUAAUUAAUACAGAUUUGGUGAUUCUUAUCCACUUUUGCAAUGCUCUCUCACAUACUGAUUUUGACGUCUGCCCUCUGGUUACUUUUUUAUUUUUCAUAACUGCUGACAAACACAGUUUUAAAAUGAAGCACAGUAGCUUAUUUGCUUAGAGCUUCAUAGUGAAAUCUUAAACUCCUUACUGUCUGAUUACAGAAUGAGUGAUUAUAGAGUAAUUAGUCCCUAAAGGUGGAUUUUGGUAUUUUUGAACCUGGGGCAAAAGUUUUUCAAAUUCAGUCUGUAAAUGACAAAUAUUACAAACAGUUUUUGAACAGCAUGAUGAGAUGGCUUUGGCAUACAGCUGCAAAACAGGCUGUAAUAUCUGCAAUGUAAUCCUCGACAGUAAAUGGACCCCUUCAUACAACAUCUACUAAAAGGGUUUUUUUUGCCACAGAAAGGCUCAGACUGUUACUCUAAAUGUCUGAAAACAUUAUACCGAAGACCUCAUCCCAGAAUAGAAUUAGCCAGCACCAAGAGUCAAAUUGAGUAAACAUACUGUGGGAGUGUGUUUGCUCAAAAUCCAUUUCAGCUAUGAUGGCAGCAAUAUAAUCUUUGGAGGCAAAGCAAUCUACUGGUGCAGUUCUGAUAAGUUUUUAGUCUGCAACUAGAGACUUACAGUAAAAAAAAAGAAAAAAUAAGAGAUUUUCACUCCAUUACCACACUUGCUGGCACUCAGGAAUCACUUCCUACAUUUCUUUCUCUCCAGUUUGAGGCAGGCAACAUGAAGAAUUUAGUCCUAAAGAUCAUCCGGGGCUCAUACCCUCCUGUGUCUGUGCACUACUCCCAAGAACUGCGCUCUCUCUUGGCUCAGCUGUUUAAACGCAGCCCACGAGAGAGGCCCUCAGUCAGCAGUAUACUGGACAAACCUUUCCUGACCUGUAGGAUAGAGAAGUUCCUUACACCACAGGUACAGUACACUCUGAGUUGUCUUUUGAUAUAUUUCCACCAAGCGGUCUGGUUUGAUUCCACAUUGUUUGGUCCAAUUUGGUGUUGUAAACCCUGACCCUGCUUGGUAGGCAGGGAUUGAGGGCAGAUGCAUCCACUACCAAAUAGCCUGGCAUCAUAGCCAUGGGACAUGAUGAAGCCUGCCGAUAAAAUCCAUAAAUAAGAGGAACACAGUAAACAAAAGCAACAGUGGAGGACAUCCAGCUUUCGUGUUUCUUCUUGGUGUGGGGCUGUCAGUCACAAGAAAGUGACAAGCUUUGUUUGAUAAAAGGCUGCUGUGCAGGUUGCAAAGAAAACUACAGCUGUUUGACUAUUAGAUUAGAGAUUAGAUUCAAUUAGAUCAAAUAGAACUUUUGGGAAGGUUCCCUCAGGGAAAUUUAAAAAAAGAUGGCUCCGUUAUUUUCCGUCAUCCACUGUCGCACAAGUAGAGAGAGUCUGGAAUCACACAAUAACAGCGCUGCCAUAGUAAAAUGCUAGAGAGCACAUUCUGUGGUUGAUGAAGAUUGUUAUUGUUGGUUGCAUAGCAGGAAGAAGAAUGAUGGCAGUCAAGCACUUUAGCCUUACUUUGCAGAUUGACUAGGCUGCAUUAUGUCCAUUAUUAAAUUUUUAUGAUUCUAUUGACCAAUUGAGAGAUCACAGUAUGUGUAGCUGCACUCUUUAGGGUCAGACUGGUGGGCUUGGUACCCCAAUUGAGGGAUUCCAAAAAAGGAGGACAGCGUAGAUGAAUUAUUUUGGUACCUUUCCACACUAAAUUACAUACCUCUGCGAACCAAACUGAACUGGACUGCUUGUUGGAAGUGCAGCUUUCGUUUGAUUCUGAUUUUGCACAACAGACACUUAAAAGAAGUUCAUUUGAUUCUUGUUUUAGAUCAUUGCUCAGGAAUUCCAUCACACUUUUCUACUCAAGCAGCCUAAAGUGGGUGUGCAGGGGCCACCAGGUAAGUCAAUAUGUGUUUUUGUCUGAAGAAGUAGGACGCGCAUGUUAGAAAAAGAGUCCACUUUGAUGACAUUACAGGCCACAGCGAAAGCACUUUGCCUGAACUCUUUUCAGCCCACUGAGGCUGGUUCUGUCUGUACUUUUCCUCUCUGCAAUAUUAAUGACUGAUCCUACGGCCAAAUAACUCUGAGUGGGUCGUACUGAGGUACGUCCAUUUAUGGUUGUUUGGGUCUAUUUUGAAGAAUGUGACCACUAAUGAUGCCAUGGUGACAAACAUGAGAAUUUCCUCCAUUGGAGUAAAAGGUUUGCUGGUAAACAACUUAAACCAAGACUGAGCAACUGUAAGGCAUGCUUAGUUGAUCUCCAGUGAACAUGCAGUUUACACCCUAGUGAUCAGAAAACAAAGAUAAAAGACUUCACCUUGCAUGAAUUUACAAACAGUGUUACUUAAGCUGACAGCUCCUGGAGUGAAAUCUUCCUUUGGUGCUCCUAAUUUAAUGCUUUGUGGUGGGAUAACCAGAGAUCUGAACAUUAAGUGCAUUUCAUUUGCAUGACCUAAAUUCACCACAUGAUAAAAUAUUCCUCUACCCAUUAUACUGUGGAGACUACUGUGUUGAAGUUUUUUGAAAUGAAUGACACUUGAUAGCAAUAGCAAUUUAAUUCAUAUUGUACUUUGUAAUGGGCAAGCUGACUAUUCUUUACACUGAGGAUAAAAAUGAAGCAAAACAAACUAUAACAUCUGCUUAUAGUGGUGAAUAACAGAAUUUAAACUAAUAAAGCAAACACAAAUACACCAAACAUUAAAAGCAUAAAGAAAACAAAAACCUUAAAAAGCGAUGAUGCGCAUGUUGCACUUGGGCAACAGAAACACUUUCCAUGCCACAUGUGUUUGUUUGCACUGCACAUUUGCACAUUGUUUCUGCUCCUGACAUGUUGAUUUCCUGUGUGGCCAGCCAAGCGUUCUGCCCCUGGCUCCAUACCACUCACCCCAGCUCAGAAGAUCACCAAACCAGCCAGUAAAUACGGAGUGCCUUUAACCGUGAGGAAGGUCCCAGACGCAGCCAAAAAGCCUGCAGAGAGGAAACUGGCUGUGAAGCAUAAACCGGUUUGUAGAUUGUUGCUGUUUCUGUUGUUUGUUGUUGAGCUCCUAGUCAGCCAUGCUAGAAGCUUCUCCCAUCUGUCUGUGUGAGUCUGUGCUGCUUAUAUCAUAGUGUGUUGGCAACCUCUGAACCCCAGUGUCAUAUGUUGCUCAGGCCCCUCUCCCAGCAGCCCCCCAGAGAAGAGUGAGUCAAGUGGAGGAAGAGAGGAAAAAACAAGAGGUACAGAUGAGAGCCCCAAAAAACUUAAAAUUACUCUCCGAUUUUCCUGCAUUUUCUCUCUUCAUUUAAUCAAACAUGAAAGUCCCUUCCCUCUAGUAUCUUUAGUUUCCCUCCCUCUUGUACAACUCGAACCCUGUGUACUCUCAUCUUCUGCUUAGUAUUGUGCCUCAUUUUCCCUUCUCUGUUAACCAACCUUUCCAUCCUCGCCCGCCUGUCCUGCGACAGCAAUGCUGCUUCGUCCUUAACAUGAGGUUCUUAAAGGUGUCUUUUUCUGAUCAAGGUGCAUUUUCUUCUCUCUGCAGGAGGGUAUCAGGAAGAAAAGGAUGGAGCUGAUUGAGAAAGAGAGAAAACAAAGAGAGCAGGUGGGUGACAGCUUUAGUCCUACUAUGAAGUUUUGCUGUCACACUUUUAUUGAAUUUCUGUGUUGCCCUCAGAUGUUCCUGUUAAAAGCAGAGCAGAUGAAGAGAUUCGAAAAGGAAAAGGUGGGUGGAAAAUGAAGUCCUAUAUUGUUGUUUUUUUUUCCCUCGUUAAUAAAACCUCAUUCACAAAAGGGAAACUCUCAAAAAUUCAGGAAAUUUGAAGAAUGUUUUGAAUGAGCAAAAUUAUUUGCAACAUAAUGAAAAAAGUAUCACUCACCAAGAUGUUUGGCAGCUUGUCUGGUGGCUUUAAGAAACAGAAAAUUCAGUGCAUUGACACUAAAAACAAGUACUAGGAACACAUACAGACAAAUAUAGCUGGUUAUUAAGAUACAGUGUGGAGUAUGUAGCAACUUCUUGCAGAACAGGCAUGUUUGAAAUAGAACGAAUUAUUCACAAGUACUGUAUAUUGAAACAAGAGCAUAAUCACCAAUACAGCAUAGUAUCGCAAUGUUUUGUCUGGUGAUAUUUUGUAUCGUCUCAUUGACCAAGUAUUGAUUUUUUUUUUUAAAUUAAUUGUUAAUAUGAAGUCAAAUCUAUGAUAAUGAAAAAAUAAAAUCAACUGUCCAGUGAGGUUGGCGGAGGUGACAUCAUAGAGCAGGAAAAGUUAGUACAACAAAUAUAGCAGCACCUGGGGAAAGAUAUUAGGAAUGCAAGCAGGGCACAAAUGAGAUGGACCUGACACAUAAGGUUUGUAAAAUGUGCUAAAUGAAAAUAAAAUACAGUGUAAAUAAGACAAACAUAAAGAAAGACAAAUGCUAAAUUAGCUUAACAGUUGAAAAAAAAUUGUAUCACAAUACUCACUGUAUUGCAAAAUGGAAAAAUACAAUAAUAUUGUAUCGUGACCCAAGUAUUGUGGUCACUGGUGAUUCCCACCCCAAGUCAAUUUUGUCUGUAGAUUUAGAAUAGACCUUUUAUAUCUAGGUAGGAUGGGGUCCCCCUCCUCAGAGGGUGCCAUCUUGCAUUGCCAUGUUUAUGCAGCAGCACAGAACAGAUAAGGCAGUGUUUUGUCUUUACUUGGUGGCCAUCCAAAACGCACAUGUUGGCGGACACAAAGAAGAGAGUGGCUGUUGUGCACAAAAUGGUUUGCAACUAUCCAUGCUCUUAAUGGUGAAAACUUGACAAAUAGAGGAUCAUACUUGGCAUGCAACACAGGAACUAUGUGUCCCUAAAGGCCACUGUCACACAGAAAAGGUUAGCAAGGGAGCCUUUCAAUCAAGAAUCUGUCUGUUUGAUAUUAAUAUGAAUAUUGUUUGAUAUUAAUUAUCUCUCUUAGUACAUACUGCACCUUUAAAAAGCCAUAGACCUUUGUUUACACAUGAUUAGAUACAAAGGAAAUGAGAAAUGCUGAUUUUCAAUGACUGUGAUGAGUACAAAACUGCUUCAUCACUCAGACCCCAAAAUAAUACCUCAGUUAUUAGUCAACACAUCUUAUCAAAUAUGGAUAAUAAUCUUGAAACUGCUGAAAGACUUUGAUAAAUAAGCUACCUGGUAUGACAGGAUAUGUUGUAAGGAAAAAACAGAGUGCAUCUUCCUUAAUUGAAGAUAUUUCAUGUCACUGCUGCUUUGCUGUUUGGACGGAUAAAAAGCCUUGGUAAAAGUCCUCUUAGGGCCAUUGUCUCUGUCUAACCCUGAAAGAUAAUUAAUCUAAUCCACCGCAGAUCAAUCGAAUAAACCAGGCCAGAGAACAAGGCUGGAAGCAUGUAUUGAGCUCAAGUGGAGGCAGCAGCCCAGAGAGGAAGGUGAGGAUGUCCACCAUCCUGUUUCUAUUAUAGCCUACACUGUGUCAUUCACAUUCAAAGUGUUUCAUGUUUUUGGUGAUCGCCCAUUUCUAACAUGGAAGAUCAUUCGUACUUUGUUUGUAUACAGUUUCUUCUUCUCACCUCAACCUUCUUUUGCCAUAUUCUCUCAGUGUUUUGUCGGCAUUGGAAAGAGGGCUGUCCCAAGCUCUGUUCAGGGACCCGCUCCAGUCCCCAGUAAAAGCCCAUAUGAACACUUCCAUGCUGCUCUGGAUCAAGUGGCUAAACCGCACCCGAAAGUGCUCAGCAGAGAGGGAUCAUCAGCUGGACCAGCCAAUCCUAGCCGGUAAAUUCUGAUGUCUGUGGUUUUUGUGAACCUUAAGUCUUAAAUAUUUAUUUUAAUGGUAUUGCCUUGGUCUGUUUGUAAGAAGUGUACCGCCUGCUGCUGGCCCAGUGCUGCCAAACGGUCCAUCCCGACCCUUAAACCCCGGCGCAAUCAAGAGGGAACUUCAGAAGCUGCAGCAUGCUUCCAGACAAGCCCACAUAAGCAGGUCAGUAACACAGCCUCUCACUAUUUAUAAGAAAAUAAUUUAUUGAAACUCUGCUCUGUAUCUCAUGUAGUCAGAUUAUUUAACAACCACCAUCUGUUCCUCAGGCAGCGAUUGCAGAUGGAUCAUGUACGAGCCUAUCAGGUGGAGGAGUUUUUACAGCGGAAGAGAGAAGCCAUGCUCAACAAAGUUCGUGCUGAGGGACAGCUGGUAUGUACAGUGACUCACACAUAUUUAUUUCCUUUGAAAUGAGAGUGAUAUAAUGAGUAUUUCAUCCAGUUGCUGAACUAUUUCCAACACAGUCAUAACAGCCCUUCUAAGAUCAUAACUGAUGCUUUUAAAAGCAAGGAACCUCAAAGAUCCACAUAGUUUGGGGUUGACAUGAAAAGCCUUAGGGGUCUUCACUUUACAACAACGCUCUUAGCUGUCGUUUAAUGAAAACUAAGUUGUAAAGUAUCUGGUGAAUCUCUCUGAUGAGUUGCAAUAGUAUUUGAUAUUAUAUAUUAAUACUUGUGUGUAUAUAUAUAGUAUGUAUCUGCAGACAGUGUCGUGCAAGUUCACGUUAAAGGUGAUUAACUCGUAGUUCAGUUCACUCUGCUCUGAAUAACUUUUUUUUUUGAUGAAAUCAUUUUUUCCGUCUCUCGUCAGUAGAGGCUACUGAACUUCCAUCCUUGAUCCUAAAUCAACAAAAUUUCUUAAACUAAAUGGAUUAUUAAAUUCUACUCGAGAAAAAUCCCAUUUCAGUGUGUUCUACGGAUUAAACGUGAACAAUUCGCAGCUUUAAACGAUGGAAACACAGGCACACUUGCAACUACAAUUUGUUGGCUGAAUACCUGACUAAAGAUUCUGACUUUAACCCACACCAGGAAAUCAGUUUCGUAAGUGAAAAUGUGGAUGAGAUUGUUUUCAUGUCCUCUUAAAUAGAAGAGCUGAGGGUAAUGAAAAACAUAACAAACAUAAAAAGUGAGUCGUUCUUCAUCUUUAAUGAAACUACACCCCCCUGAAACAAUGCAAGUUUUUUUGCCUUGAGUUAGAAUUCUAGUAAAACUAAUCUCCAGAAUGAACUACACACACAUUCCCACUUAUAAGUUACAAAAUGAGCGGCUCAGUUCAGUGCUCACGUAAAUAUGAGGACGUGGUCAUGCACAACACUGUUACUGAAUUUGCUUUUCCAAACCCCUAAAUGAUGAAAUAUUAUCAUUAUUAACAGCAGUAGUUUGCAUAAAGCAUCAUGUAAGAAAAGAAAUGUUCCUUUCUUUGGUGCUCCUGUGGCCUCUGAGUGCAAUUUGCUCUCUCAAAAUUUUACAGAUUUGUCUCCCACCUGUUAGGUUACUCUAUUCUUCUUCUCACAUCAAUAUUCUUUUCUUUGUUUUCGCUUUUGCUGUAAUACACAGUGUAUACACACCGUGUAUUUAAGCUAAGAGUGGCAGCAGGUAGAGUUGGUCUUAAAAAGCCUCAGUUAGAAAUCAGUGCAUUAAAGCAUUAUGCAAUUAUUGUAUGCCUGCUUUAUGUUGCAUAGGGCAGCAACACCCUUUAGGACCAUCAAAUGGGCAUAAAGGUUUUACUUCUUAUCUUAUUACAUGUCAGAGUCACAACCAAACUGUAUGCUGCUGUAAUUUUUCAUUCAAUCACUGCAAAAUAUUGCUUUAACAGUGUAUCAAUCCAUUGUCAGCUAUUACAUUUGAGCUAAAGACCUUUUAAAAGACGUUAAUUGGCAGGCAGCUUGACUUGAAAUUGCCAUAUGAAGUUGUUAUUGCUAAUGUGUUGUGUUGAACUUUCUCCUGCAGGCACAUAGUUGCAUCCCACUGAGGUUUCUGUGUCUGUUUCUGUCCACCCACUGAGUCGAGGUCCAAUAAUUACUGGCCUGACUUGUUCCUUAAUGACUGUAGGCUUUCUUUGCCAGCUAACUUUGUCUGUUUGCUGUGCUGCUGAGCUCCAGGAUGCUGCAGGAAUUGAAUAAUUAUUGAGUUUAUGUGUGCCAUAAACAGUAAAAACUGAAACAGGGAUAAAAUAUGAUGCAGAGCUUCAGGGUUAGGGAGUGACAGUCCCAGUGUGUGUUUUUCUUUAUUGUCUCUGAUCUCUUUUUACUCACCCUAUGGUCAUGACAAAACUAUCAAUCAAUGCACCCAACCUCCCGCCCUUGCUUAUGAUGUUGUGGCGGUUACAUUUGAAAGCCUUUUUCCCUCUAAAAUAUGGUUAAAUUGAACGGUAAACAGGGAACUCGGCAAAACCUGGCAGCUAUCUAUGGAAGCCGUGCUGGUUCGAUUCGCUGCAGGAGGCCCAAAGCCAACAAAGAGGAGGAGGUAGGAGCUCAGGCCUGAACACCAAGCCGUACACUCCACCUCACUCACAGCACGCCUGGCUUGGCUGGUCCUCCUUCAUGUCUGCACAGUACUCCCUUUGACACUCCCAUAAUUCAGCCCGGCGUCUCAUGCCUGCUCCCUGCACAACGUGUGGUGAUCCACUGUCCUGUCUGAGCUCGUGUGUUGUUUAUUUCUCCUCCCAAUAAUGGCUGUUUUUAGUCACAAAAAGUUCAGUUUAUUGCGCAUCAUGUCCCAUUUCAAAAACCUUCACUCCAUCAGUUUUGCGUUGUGUAUGCAGAUUAUUAUUUGCAUUAAAUGAUUUGCAUUGAUGUUUAUAAACUGUGUUGAUUUUCUUUUGGUGGAACUGCUGGUUUAACGUGCUCCCACUAAACUUUGUGUGUUAUUCUCUGUGACCACAGGUAUUACAUCUGUUUGUGUCUUUGCAGUCGUGUAGAUGAUCCAGCUUGUAACAUUUUUCUGUACGCUCUCAGGAGUACUUGUCGAGGCUGAGGCAGAUCCGUUUGCAGAACUUCAAUGAGCGACAACAGAUCAAAGCUCGACUCAGAGGAGAAAAGGUGUGAUCCUCUUCUCCCUUAUUGUGAACAAAGCUUUCAACAGUGUUUUCAGUUUUGUCUGAAGUGUUGGUUCCUGGUUUUUGUUUAUGUGUUUUAGUAUGAUAGCGAUGGCUCUGACAGCCAGGAGUCCAGUGAGGAGGCAGAGCUUCGGAGGAAGAAGAUAGAGGCCUUGAAAGUGAGUGUCUGAGACAGUAUGCUACACUCGGAUGAUUAAGGGAGCAUCAUACCCUUAGAUCGCCUAAACCUUUGACACAGUGAUGAAACUGAGCAGACAAUGAAAUGACAACAAAGGAGAGGAAGACUCAGCUUUGGAUUUGAAGUGAUCAACAGCUCCCCUUUAAACUACCUCUGCCUCUCCUGGUUAAUCUAAUGAGGUCAGAGAUGUAGUUUGAUGCUGAAACAGCGUGGGCUCUGCAGCCAAGAAUCAAUCCUUACAUGACCUGGCAACUAGUGCAGGGAAAAUAGAACAGGGUUGUAAUCAUCACAUCUAAUAACUAUGCUGCUCUAUUCUGCUCUCACUCACACUUUUGUAGCUGCAUCUCAAAGAAUCAAUGCAAAGUACAUUCACCAAAAGUUCUUGAGUACAAUAUUAUAGAGAGGAUUUUUGUUCAGGCAUAAGAGACAUUUUGUUUAUUAACUUUUUCAUAGAAACCAGACUUCAAAUGCUGUCUUGGCUGGUUAGGUUGUUUUGAAUUGGGAAUAAUGUAAAGUCCACCACACAAUAACACAAAGCACAUAUGAAAGUUAAAGGCAAGGCAUUACUGUACAAGAGGCGGGAUAAAACUGACGUAGGAGUUAAAUUCAUGAUAACUCACCCCUAACUAACUGACAAAGAAAUAACUCCAAACAAGUUUGUUAUCCCUGAGCAACUGACUCACCUUUUUGGUAAAUCAAGGAAAUAAGCUGUUUGAACUGGACCACUCAUCUGUUGUAGUGGAAUAAAACAAUAGCUCCUCCAGUUCCUCUGCCAUGUUUUCAUGUGCACAGUUGUACAGAUAAGGCAGAGCACCACACCUGGCCUUGAUACUUAAGCUUGUGGAUUAUCCCAGGCUUUUCUACUGUAUACAUGGCUCCCUGUCUUUAGGUACAUACAGCAUGACUGCAUCAGUAACAGCUUUCCUUUGUGUCCAUAUCUCCUUAUACACAGUGCAAUAGGAAAAUGAUUCCACUGAUAUUGGCUGCUUUUUAAGCUCGUGUUUUUGGGAUGUAGUAGUGGUCUUGUUGUGGGACACAUUUCUCCCACACAGCUGUAUGCCUUUCUCUAAGCUGUUGAAAUAGAUCAGUCGUUGUGCUGCUUUUACAUGCAACAGCCUUUGAACAUAUUUUGUCAUGGACUGUAGGACUGUGGUUCGUUUUGAGGUCUAGUGCUGCAAAGCCAAAGCAGUUCCAAACAACAGACGGGACUGCCAUUUUUGGGAACAAACUAUUGAUUUAAGCUGGCAGCCGUCAUGUUGUUGGAUGUUUGUCUCUGCAGAGGAGAUUGGAGAGAAAAUCGAGAUUUCUAUUUUUAGAAAUUGUCCAAAACACAUUUAGGAAUUAAUCAAUACAGUGUAUUUAUAACACAGCCCAAAUCCUCAUACGACACAAGCAAAUAUACAGAUCUAGGCAGCAGUGAACCUACAAUUAGGGUUCUGCAAAGUAAAAUGAAUGUUCCCUUUAGUUGUUUUUGUGUAAUGGACUAACCAAUUCAGUCUAUUUCUCAGCUGUUGACCAAAGAGAUCUUGGUACAAAGCCUUAUAAAUGAAUUCCUCAGGCUUCAUAACAACCCUUGUAAGUGAUUAUGAGUAGUCAUACCAACGGAUAGCUAAGUUUAUGAAGCUUGUAUAAGUAAUGAACAUAAUGUCUUAUGAGGGUAUGAUUUAUAACACAUUACACCUUAAUGAGAAACAACUCCCACAGCUUUAUCAAGAGAACUAAUUAAGUGUAUUAUAAAAAGUUGAAAUUUCUAUCACUCUAAAAUGGGAAAUGUGUUAUUAAUACCUACAAAAUGAUGUGACACUUAAAGUAACAUGAAAUAAAAACUGACAUUUACAAUAAAGAAACCAAUACAGCAUCUUUAUGACAGUGGUACUAAAUGGAUGAAUCACUAACUCUCUCUUAACUCUGUAUAUAGUGUAGUAUAGCUGUAACUUUGUCGAAAAGCACCUGGAGUUGCUCACACAAUAACAAAAAAGGAAAAAAAGGAUAAAUAAAUAAAUUAAAAAAUCUGCCAAAGGUCUAUAGUCCUAGAUAAACUAUAUAGAUUAAACAAUACAUGCUGCAAUACAUACAAAAAACGGUACUAAAGGUUUGUUUUAUGUGUACACAAACUAAACUCCCUGUGAACUUUUAGAGCUGGAUAAAGUUGUAGGAGUUGUUAUGUUUUCUAAAACCAAGAAUUGAAAAGAUGUUGUUGUGUACUUUCACAAGUCCUAAUGUUCACUGCUCAUGACACUUCUUAAACAAAUCUUUAAGUUGAUAUGAAAGCUUAUUAUUCAAAGAUAGUUAUAAAGCCUUAAGAACACAUUUAUAAGGCUUAAUAACUGUGCUUUUAAAGGGAUAUUCCGGUGUAAAAUUAAUUUAGGGUCAAACUCCAUGUAACACCAAGUUAGACACCCUCUCCAGAGAUGAAUGUUGCCGACAGCUUGCUUCUCUAGUUAUACCAACUUUAGAAACAACCACGCGAUAGCAAUACACAGCGGUCUGAGGAGCCAUAAACAAACCUCAACCAAAACGCCACUCUAUAGCCGCAAAUGCUCAGAACAGCACCUAACUUAAUCAACAGUACAUAUAUAGGGUCCCAGCCACAGCACUAGCCACCAAACACCUUUCAAUUUUGCCUAAUUUUUUUCACAAAGAGACUAAAUACAACUCACCUACUCUCAUCCAGCAGCCGUUUAUUUGUUGCAAGACUUCAGGCCAUUCCAUUACGGACUGUUACGGGGUGACACAGCUCAAGGAAGAACAUUUAUGAUCAUUGCUUUAUCAUUUCCUCAAAGUAAUAAUCAUCGUAUUAAUCAUUUUGCACUGCAGACACAGGAGUUCUUCUGCCUUACCGUCUCGGUCUUAUUGCAUUUCCAUGAAGAAAUGACCAUAAAUGUUCUUCCUUGAGCUGCUUCACCCUGCAUCACUUCAAUGAGUGAAGUGAAGUCAUCACUCAUUGAAGUGUUCAUUUUGCAACAAACACUGCUUAAAUACAGUUAACAGCUUAAACAGACCUGAACCAUCCCAAGCUGUCAAUAAAAAGUAUCAACCCAGAGUCUGUGAGGCUCAGCAGAAACGCAGGACAAUCUUCGGUUGUCUGGAAACUUUGGACAAAUACAGUGAUCUGAUUUAUGAAUGAACGUGGACCAUCAAACUAUGGGAGAUUCCCGGGAGAAAUGACAAUACGGGAGGUGGGCACGUGAUUGGUCUGAAAUACGGGAGGGUCCUGGGAAAACAGGAGUGUUGGCAGUUAUGUGCGUCAGGGUGUGCGUUUCUCGGCACAACAGCCGCACAAACAAACGCUGCAAUUACGGGUCAUUUGAAGCAAACGGUGGGCUGGCAAGCCUUAUCGUCAAAAAGUUAAGUGUGUAAUAACUUUAAAACUGUAGCAGCACAAAUUUUCACGGCACAAACCAGCACAAACAAAGCACUAACAAUCAGCACCAUUUCGGGUCCAUUCGGAACAAAUGGGGGGCUGGGUGACCUCUGGAUGACCCAUAAAACAAUAUUUAAUAACUUAAAUGCCAUAGCAGCACAAAUGAAAUUUUUAACGGCACAAACCAGCACAAACAAAACAGACUAUUUUCCUAAAAUUUUGCGUGGGGUGGGGGGCCAGCUUCACGUAGGUUGUUCACGUGUGUUUGACCCUAAAUUAAUUUUACGCUGGAAUAUCCCUUUAAUGCCUGAUGGGUCACUGAAAUCUUCUGCUUUGUAACACUGCAAUAUACCUUGAUACUUUUGACAAUCAAGUCACUCUUUUCUGUUCAGACUACAGUCAUGUAGAGUCACUGGCCUCUCCUUCCUCAUAUCAUCUUUUGUGUGUCCCUGUCAGGCCCAAGCAAACGCUCGUGCUGCUGUACUCAAAGAGCAGCUUGAGAAGAAGAGGAGAGAAGCAUAUGAGAGAGAAAAGAAAGUGUGGGAGGAACACGUAAGCUUUUUCACUCUUGAUCUGAUCUUACAGCUGCGUUGGUUAAAGUAUAAUCUCAUCUUUGGUAUUGUGUAUUGCUAAAGCUUGCAGCUCGGGGGGUGAAGGUUGGCAUGGCAGCAGGAAAUCUUGCAGUGUCAACAACAGAAACAGGAUCAUCUACCUCUGAAAGUCUUCUCCAACAGCCUGGUCCCGCUCAGCCAGACCCACCUGCCAAAGCUCUCGUCCUGCCUGAAAGCAAACCCUCCACCCCGGCCAUAUCUAUGACUGCUGCCUUGAAGAACGUUGGAGCAGUCAGUAUACAUGAACAAAGAUAAUCACACUUAAUAUCUUUAUAAUUUGAGCACUAAUUCUUAUACACUGCCUGUGAUGCAUUUCCUGUGUAUUUCUGUUUGGUAGAUGUCUCCUCUAAAAGAAAACCAGCCUGAGCAAGAGUCUGCAUCUACCAUUCAGGUGAGUUUAUGAGGUGUAAGUAGUCAUUCAUAAAGUAACAGUUCUUCUGAUCACAUGCAAAGUGGAUUUUUUUUUUUUUUUUCUGUCACAGAGUGAGAAAAAGCAGAUCCUGCGCAGACUGAACCAGAACCUUAAAGCCCAGAGUCCUGUGGAAGAAAUAGAGGAGUCUCCUGCUGAGUCACAGCCUGCUGCAGAACCACGUCCUGCUCCCCAACAGAACCAGUCUGACACAGAGAAGCGUCCAUCCUCAAAAGAAGACCGGAAGAAGUGGGAGGCAGCGGAACUGCCUGUAAUUGCAGUUGCUCAGCAAACCUUGGAGGAAACGUGUGUCACAUCAAGCAGUAAGUCCAGAUUUUUACAGGACAAACCUCAAACCUGAUUUCUGUUUACUUCGCAAGAAACAAAGACGUAUAAAUCCCCCUGCUCCGAUACGAUUUUUGAGUAAACUGCUUUUAUUUUUCGGACAUUUUCUCUUCAGCCUUCUCAGUGUCUCCAGAUGAUCGGCCGUCUUCUGCAGGAGACAGAAAGAAAUGGGAGGCAGGAGUUCCACUUGUCCUCUCUGUAGCUCGGCAGACUCUAGAAGAGACAUGCAUCCCGACCAUCGGUGAGUGAUAUCCAGUCCUUAGUGGAAACAUACAAAUGGGACUUCCCCCUUCUCUCUGCAUGUGUGUGUAUUUGUUUUGUUGCAGAGCAAACAGCGGGUGAGGUUAUAAAGAUGGAUGUGCUGCAUGAGGAAGCUGCUCGGAAGGUGUGGGGGGCCAGCCCAGACUCUCAGGUGCUGAAAGUGCUUCAGGAGGCAGAGCUGCAGCCUCUCACUCAGCAGCUGGAGGACGUCACAAUUUCAGAGAUUGCAAGUCCUGGUUAGUCUCCAUCAACUCCUUAUUUUCUUCGCAACAUAAUGAAGUCAAGUGAUACUCCUUUCGGUACUCUGUUUUUUAGUUUGCAAUCUCAAAAGAAGGAGCAUUUCAUCGCUGUGCAGCAAUACAAAAUGUGAUUCAAACAUGCCAAACUUACCUCAUCAGCUGGUCACAUUAAUGAUUUAAGAUGACACACAAACCCACACAGGCAGACGAAAAUUUAAAGUCCCACUCAGAUCGUUUUUUUACUACUCUAAGUGUUCUCAGUAGUCUUUAAAAUGUGAUCAUGAAGUUUUUAGCCAAAAUCACGUCACCUGUGUCAUUUUCAAGGGCUUUUCUUCUGCAGAGCUCUGGUAGCUCAUUAGCAAUUCACCUCUGAGUCGUUGGCAGAGACAGCGCUGCUCUGCACACUCCUCUUCAUGCGAGCUUGCAGCCUAACAUUGCAGGUGUAGUAGAAGUGGCAGGUAACAUAGGAGCUAUUCAGCUCUGAGACACUAAUGUCUUUGGGGACAUGAUAAAAGCUAAUACCAUAAUUAGCUUUCUUACGAGCAUUGCAAUCUGCUAACACACACUCUUGUUCCACGAUUGUCUUCUCUACUUCUCAGAGUCUGGCCUGCAUUGCAGGGCUCCGGGGGCAGAGCUUGGAUUUGUGACAUAGGAAAUCUCACUGUGUCUGAACCCGCCAUUUGGGUCUGCUAGAGAGUCACAGUGAUUUGAAUGCAGAAAUACUCAGAAACGCAAUGUUGCACUUACUUUUCGCAUGAUAUGUCCUGUAGCAUCAGAAAAAUGCUACAAAAAAAAAAGAGUGGGUCUUCAAAGGAAGGUGAAAUAUUUUAGAGUUCACACAUUUAGAUAUGCUCUGCCAAAGAUUCUCACAGCUGACUGAUCACUGUGUGCAUUAAGAUGCAAGCUAGUAUCCUGGCUGUGAGCCUCACCCUGCUUUUGAUCUUAUAAGAUGCUUACAUGGAAAUUCUCAAAGCAGAAUCUCUACAAACUUAAUCCUGACAGGCAUCUGUUCAUCUGUAUGCAGUUGUGUUUUGAGCUUUCUCCAUUUUUGCUCCUGUGAUCUUUUCUAAGAAAGUGAAAUCAUGAGUAGGUGAAAGGUUUUCAGAUACAGCAGUAUGACUUUUUAAAAACAUUUUUUUAGACACCUGCACAGGCUAGUUAUUCUUAUUUAGCCUGAAGAUUUUUUAAGUUGAAUAUGAAAAAUUUCCAUCACAAGACUAUGCUUGUUUUUGCAUUACUGUGUCUUUUUGGUGACAACUCAAACUAAGAUUUAUUAAAAAAGCUCCAAAGCCCAUGAGUACAUGAGAUAGAUAAAUAAGAUUUUGCCUGCUGUGUUCAAAAGGUAAAAUUGAGAGUCAUCAUUUAGAAGAUGUAUAGCAGGGUCCAAUGGAAACUGUCCCUGAUAGCUUUUCUAACAGUACUAAUAACUCUCAUCCACAAUUCAAGGACCACAGAACAUUAUAAGACGCGUAAAAGAGGCAGCCACUACCAGAGGGUGAAAUAAACAACAUACUUAGGGUAUCAUUCCCAGUUGAUUUGGUGUAAUAUGAGCUCUAUAGCAGCGUUUCAGAUUUAUGUAAUGAUGAUUUGGGUUUCUAGAAGCAGCAGUUACAUUUUCCCAGAUUGCACCACAGUUUAAAUCCAUUCAGACAUGUCAUAACCCUGUGCCUUCAUUCCUGAUGAGGGCAUGCAUUUCUGAUAUUAUAGAUAUGCCACCAUCUGUCUCAGGGUGGUGUACAUGCAAUUUAAAACAGGAUGGUCUUCUAAAUCAGUUCCCCAGGGAACCAUUAUUGUCUUUAUAUGUACACUUUGCUCUAUAGUAGGAGAAAAGAAAGUGUUUAUCAACAUUAAACUCUGAGACAAGGUCUUGAAAACAAAGUUUAUUCUGUCAUCUUGAAACUCUUUCUCUAGGUAACCUAUUCAGGUUUCUCAAAACCAACAGAAGUGCUUUUAAAGAUUUUUGGAGCCAGUAUAGAAAGUUCACACGCACAGUAUGUACCUAAAAGCACAUUCAUACUAUGGAUAAAACAGGGUCAAAACAGAGCAUUUUAAAAUCCACUUUCUUAUAAAUCAACUAUCAACAACUAAAAAAAACAAGUGGUUUACAAAAUGCUCAUCUUAUUUGUCAAGUUUUGGCAUCACAGCUUACCCCUCACUUGACUGACCAUCUUAAGAGUGUUGUAAAACUCCAGUUUUAAGAGUUUUAAGAGCUGCUGGGUACAUGUGUUAGUAUAUAGAUAAACUCUUGGUGUUUGUGUGCAUUAGUGUGAAUCACAGGAUGUUGCAUUUGCAGUGUAGUGUUUUUUUUAAUCCAGUUAAGGUAUAAAUUAUUUUUGUCUUGUUUCAUUUUCUGUCUUAUUUAGCUGUUUUUUCAAAGUCUGCAAAUGGCUACAUCUUAUACUAAAUACUGAUUAUGACAUUGUAUUACCAGAUAAACCGAUCCAGAAAGCAGCUGUGGAAAAGUCUAAAGAAGUGUUGCCCUCGGAGCCAACGCCAUCUGCUGUGGACGAAAAGCAGAGUUCAGUCACCACAGAGGCUUCACAUCAGGGAAUGACUGUGGAAAGUGUGGGAGGAAGAGUGACGCAGCCACCUGUCCCUGCUGAGCCUCAGGGUCAGUCUGACACUCAACUUUCUAUUGAUUUGAUAUUUCAGUCUCUCAUUUCGCAGUGCAUUUAUUUUUAGUUGAAAGCAAUCAUAUCUGUUUUGACGUCUUCUAGAUCCAGCAGAUUUAGAGUCUCUGGUUUUGGAUGAGAGGCCCAAACAGGCCUCGCCUCCUCCAGCUGGUGUACAACAGGCAUGGGAGAAGGAAACCCAGCAGCCAGUGUAAUUUUUUAAAUCUUUCUCUGCACCUGUAAAUUCUACUUUUUCCCCAGACUUAAGUUAGCCAUUAUGUACUCAAGUUAAACCACAGUGUGAGGACUCGAAGAAGGCAGAAAAAUCCUUGAGUUCUUAAGCUGAAGUACUGUAUUUUCUCUGUAGACCACCAGAGGGAGACACGAGACCAGCAGGCAGUAAGGAGGCUGAGAAGAGUGCAGAAAAACCAACAGAAUCUUUAGGUGAGCAUCAUGUUUGUGAGUCGGAAGCACUUAUUUUUCCAGUUUAUCUUAAUUAAAUCUGCUCCCCUCUCCCUCCUCUCUCAGCUUCAGCACAGAGUGAGGAGCCCCUGUUUAUGAAGUUGUGUUCCCCGGCCCACCGACGCACUGCUGCCCUGGCAAUGCUCUCAGCUCAGUCCUCCCUGGAUGAAUCAUCUUCCUCUCUGGCCUCUCGCUCACGCUCCGUCUCACCCCUGCGCUCCAAACACCAUGACGCCCUUCUCAUAGGCCUUUCCACUGGCAUGUUUGACGCCAACAACCCUAAGGUGAUAACUUAAAUUGGAAAAUGCACUUUUGUUACAGGAGGUGAUGUAGUUUAGUGUCAAAAGGAUUGAUUAUAAUUGAAAAAGCAUCUCAUGACCACAGCAUGUGAUCUAUGACCGCAUUUAAUUGUUUAGGAGACCAGAGAAGAGCAGCUGUUGCAGAAGUUAAGGAGAUUCAGACCUGCUCUAAUGCCUGGUGUGGUGUCGAGGCUUAUGUGAUAUUUUUAGUAGGACUUUAGUCUUUUUUUUUUUUUUUUUUUAUUAAUGAGAGGUCUGGAAUAGAAUCAGGGCCAUUAAUCACAUGCUCCGUACCUGCAGAGGGUCUGAUAGGACAGAGAGAGCAUCCAUCAACCUAUAUCUUUCAUAACCUUCAUCAGGGACUCUGAGAUCCGCAGAGAGCUGGCUCGACAUUGUCGCAAACAAAACGCUACACAGAAUAUGAAUAGGCGAGGAUAUGUCAGUGUGUUUCUGUCUCUGCACCCACAGUAGCCACAAGCAAAGACAUUACGGUUUAUGGUUGUCUAUCUUUUCCAUUUUCAUUAACCCUUUAGGCUAUAUCUGAAAUUUGGCGUGAACCUGCACUUGUACUCGAGGGUGAACUGAUUAGAUUUUGUCAGUCAAAGGUCACUGUCAUGUCUGUCUUAUUCUUUUCUUAAAACUCCCUUCAGGCUUUACUAUGACUACCCCUUCACAUUUAAUACAUUUGUGUCCUUUUUUACUCCCUGUUGGUGAGUUAUAAUCUCCCCAUGCUCUGCCCCUCAUGUACUGCUCUGCUGGUUGUACUUUCAGGGUUCCUAAGCAAGUAUGGAAAAGCAUGGAAAUAAAUUUGAUCAAUUUUCAGGUCUUAAAAAAUAUGGAAAAUGAAAAAUAAAGUACAAAAAAAUAUUUAUGUUUCCAGACUAUUACCACAGAUCUAAUAUGGUUUUCUAAAAUAGAAAAGUAGGUAUUUCCAAAAAUAAUUCUAAAAAGUAGGGUAUGGAAAAGUAUGGAAAUUCCAACUGUGUAGGAACCCUGUACUAUAAAAAGAUUGAGGUUUGGAAAACAUACAUAAUUUAUAAACAGCUAGAAGUGAAAAGCAACAAUCACAAUGUCUCAUCAUGGGGUCUGUGGAAGAAAAUCCGAUUAAACCCUUACAGUCUGGCGAUCUGAUAUACUUUCUAAAAAAUUACAUACUUCAAAUUUCAGUGUCAGUUUGGCAGUACAGUGCUGUCAGGUCAUUGCAUGAAUAAAUAGCAUUGCCUUGUCCUUCACAAACAUUAUUGAUCCUUAGCUGAUGUAAUAAACAGAAGGAGAUGUUUGGAACUAUAAAGUUAUAUUAAUAAAUCUACAUGAUGAAACUCUAUGGGUACAGUGACACAUACUGUACGCAUUGCAUCUCAAAAGCAUUCACUUAAAGUCCCACUCAGAUCGUUUUUACUACUCUAAGUGUUCUCAGUGGUCUGUAAAUUGUGAUUUAUGAAGAUUUUAGCCAAAAUCACAUUACCUGUGUCAUUUUCAGGGGCUUUUCUUCUGCAGAGCUCCAGCAGCUCAUUAGCAAUUCACCUCUGAGUCGUGGGCGGAGACAGCGCUGCUCUGUACACUACUCUUCAUUUUAGCUUGUGGCCUAACAUUGCCGGUGUAGCAGAAGUAGUAGGUAUUCAGUAGCAGGUAGCUAUUCAGUUCUGAGACGCUAAUGUCUUUAAAGGACAUGAUGAAAGUUGAUAUCAUAAUUAGCUUUCUUAGGAGCAUUGCAACCCGCUAACACACACUCUUGUUCCACAAUUGUUCUCUCUAUUUCUCCGAGCCUUGCCUGCAUAGUGGAGCUCAGGGGGUGUAGCUUGGAUCUGCCACAUAGGAAAUCUCACUGUGUCUGAACCUGCCGUUUAGGUCUGCCAGAUAUUCACAGAGAUUUGAAUGCAGAAAUACUCAGAAAUGCAAUUUCACACUUCUCAUGAUAUGAUAUGUCCUGUAGCAUCACAAAAAUGCCAUGUGAACAUGUAGACAACCAGAAAAACAUGAUUUUCAUUUGAGUGGGUCUUUUACGGUGAAUAUCUGACCCCCUUCAGUCUCCUUCCUCUAGAUUUUCCUUAUUUGCAAACAACAAAACUAACACUUUAAAUUACAGCAGAUCAUCCAAACAAUACAAGAAUUAUAACAGCAGCGAAGGACAAUGGAUCAGAUUUUUAGGUCUGUUUUUCUGCUGCUUUUGAAGGGAAAACGCGGACACAAAAACUGAUAACUGAUCUUAGGGUAUUCAUGACAAAAAAUUUAAUCUGUGUCAUUUUAUUUAUCAGAAUACUGAAUUAUUUCCAAGUUAUCCUCAUAAGGUGAAGGCAUCUGAUCUAUCUGUCUUUCCUGACUUCAGCACACAGUUCAUCAUUGUUACAUUUUCAGAGUUAGACUGUGUGUAGUUGACGUGUCAGUUUAGUCAAAGAUAGACUUUGUGUGCUGAACUUACACCCUCCUACUCAUGGGGUAAUUUCUUUUAAGGCUUUUGUACAAUACUUGACUAGACUUCUUGAGGCGGAUGCACAACAGGGUAGCGUUUGAAAUGUUCUGAAUUUAUUCUCUGUGGUGCUUUGAUCCAAAUUCAGACCAUUUUAUUUAUCUGAGAGGGGUAUUUUACUUCACAUUUGACCAAAUUUCAUAAACAGAACUAAACAAAACGGAAAACAGAGUCAGUAAUGGCAUCCAGAUAUGUCAGUAACAGUAGAAAUUUACUAGAGGCUAUGCCAGAAAAGAAAGUAAUAACAGAAACAUACCUUAUCAAUAACACAAAGGAACAGGCCUAUAUUUGAAUCACUGCUGCUUGGAUUUGGCUUCCUUGUAGCUAAGAGAAUAGCAGAGUUGGAGUAUCUCUGAGAAAGCCAUUACAGUGGUCCCCACUUGCCAGUAUGAAUUUCCAGUGUCUUAUAUCUCACACAAAUUUGUAAUAAAUGAUUUUCUGAUUGCUUCUUAUAAUUAAUAAUGUGUUGUCUGCCAAGAGUUCCUGUUCAGUUCAGUAAUAAAAUGAUAUCUUUUUGUUUGUAUUGUUGUAUAAGAUGCUGAGGACCUGCUCGCUGCCAGACCUCAGUCGACUCUUCAGCUCUCAACAAGACUCUGGAGCGACAAGUGAUGCUAAUGUGGCCCCUGAUAACAACCUGGAAAUCGAGGAUCUGGAAGAGGCUGCCAAAGAUGACGAACAGUCCGAGACAGAGGAGUAAGAAUAUCUCAAAUUAAAUCUCAAGAGGGAAACAACUCACUGCACAGUUUUAGCAAAUGAUUGACCUCUCAAUUCUGAGGGUGGCUGAUAAUUUUACUGCUGACUGAGAUUUUGCCUCGACUCUGAUUCUGUCAAUCAUUCUUAAGAGCUUGUCAUUUGCUCAGAAAUAGCGAGGUCAUUACAUUCUGUAUUUGAUGAUAGUAUCCUUCUUUCUAGUGCAUAUGAGGACGAGGACCUGCGAGACAUCCGAGCCUCUAUGGAGAGACUGCUGCAGGAGGAAGGAGACCUGAUGAGGAGCUCUUCAGAGGUCGGUGCAGGAGACUUCAAUGGAAACCCUCCAGAGGGCAGAGAGCAAGAGCUCUUCAACAGGAUAGCAGCGAAGAUCAAUCAGGACAACAAUCAGAUGGCUAUGGAUGAUGAUGACGAUGAUGAUGAGGAGGAGGAUGAGGGGGACGAAGGCGAGGAGGAGGAGGAGGAAGAGGACGAUGAAGAUGAGGAAUGCUCUAAUGGGAGCCCUGGGGAUGGAGAAGGAGGGGAGCUGCUUUCCAACGGAGUGGGAGAGGAGAACCACAGCAACCACAGUCAGCUCAAUGAAGAGUGGCAUUCAGGUACGAGUUUGUCAAAGUCUAACUUAGUAAACUUUUUCAGUUCAGUUGAAAUUAAUCACUUUAAUGUGGGAACAAGCCUUUUUGAAGACUUUUCUGUGAUACUCAUUAGUCUUGCCACUAGAACGAGUUGAGAAGAUUUUAUCGCUUCAGUUUGUAAUAAAAAGAAAAUCAGCCACGAAUGAAUACUUUAUAACCAAGGAUUUAUACCUUUUAAUAAGCUAGCAUGCAAUAAACCAAGCUUCAUUAAAGUGAUUCAGACUUUAUCAGAGGAUUUAUUGGACUCCACUUUUGCAUAUUUUUUAGGGUCUUAAUCAGUAGCAGGGACGAAAAGAGGGCUGCUACGUCUGCAGUGUAUUCUUUAUCAGCAAGUGUGCCGAAUUAAAGAAUGUCGACUUGAAAUGUGUUCAGCUAGCUCAAAUUUCAUUCAGUUGUUUUUUUACUAAACAGUAAGACUAGGUGUUUUUGCAAAAGAGUUGGAUGGUUUGAUUGACAUGAGAAACAGCUGUGUUUCUCUUUUUUAAGUCUCUUUUGGCAGAAACCGUUGAGAUUUUUACAGAGCAGGAGUUGCUGUCCUGCCACCACAUUGAUACUUCAGGUAGUUUGUGUAGUUUUGUGACUUUUAGAGAUUAACUUGGACUCUGUGCAACAAAAUUACACACACAAAGUAACCGAUCAAAGCAGUAACAGACUUGGGUAGACAGAGAAGACUCUUUUUUUUUUUCCUGAGUUAAAAUGUUUUGGGGUUAUAUUUAUCGAUGGAGUCAGUAAUUUCUUCUUGAAAGGUGAAUCAUACAUUACCUAUCACACAAUUUCUGGCAUUCACAAAGACAAUUCCACAACUUAAGAGCUUUUGUUCCUGAUUUCACCUGUGUAUAUACAGUGUUCAUGUACAGUUAUCAUGUAAUCAGAUCGUUAAGUCUGAGCACAGAAUUGGAAGAACUACCUUUGCAUCAUGAUCAGAUCACUCAUACAUUUAUAUGAUCAGCUGAUCAGCUGUUCCUGACUGUGUGCAUAAAAUGAAGCUGAAGCUCUGGGAGGAGGGGGGGUGCAUUUGCUGUUGCAGCUCCAAAACUAUGGAACAAUCUUCCUGAAAACAGACUGGCCUCUUCUCUGCACCUCUUCUGCUUAGCCUUUGUUCCUUCGUAAGACGUUGGUUUAAUUUCUUUUGAUUUUAUUUGAUUUUUAUCUUAUUUUAUUGUUUCUUUUAUUGCACUGCUAUUAUUUUACCCAUGUUAUAUGCCUUUUAGAUUAUUUUAUCUGUUUUUAUAUGUAAUUUAAUUUUUUUAUGUCAGACGUUGUGUCUUUAUUUCUGAUACUUUUAUUUAUUACCCUGUACAGUGCUUUGGUUCUCGGUAGAUGUUUUGACGUGCUCAAAAAAUUAAGAUGGAUUGGAUUGGAUAUAAUCUCUUCACAGUGUAUUGAAGGCCUUAGUGUAGCACUCAUGUAAGAUCUAAUCCAUUCUGCUGCACCACAGAUGGCAGUGGAGAGGACCAAGGCAUUGAGGCUUCACACCAUGACAGCAUCUUCAGCCGCCUGGAGGAGCUUCGCUUCAACCUGGAGCAGCAGAUGGGCUUUGAGAAGUUCAUUGAAGCUUACAAUAAGAUAAAGGUGGGGGUAAUUCUCUUUGUUUACAUGUGUUAAUGCUGGAGUGUAGGACUGACUGAAUAGAUGUUUGUCUUUGUGAAAUUUAAGGCUAUACAUGAAGAUGAAGAUGAGAAUAUUGACCUGGGCUCCAGUUUGGUCCUCAACAUCCUGGGAACUGAGCAUCAGCAUCUGUAUCCCAACAUCCUUCAUCUAGUGAUGGCAGAUGGAGCCUAUCAAGAAGGUGAGUGAUGGUGGUUUUUAGUUCAAAUGUGACAGCUCAAUCAUUUGAUGGUAUUUUAUGUUUGCAGAUUUUCUGCUUAACCUUAGCUACAACCUUUAAGACUUGGAUCUUUUCCCUUGUCCCUGUGCUGAGUUGAUAGUGCAGAGCUCCGUAAAAGUCUAACCUUUUCCUUCACAUUGUUUCACACAUACUUUUCUUCUUCACCGCUUGGUAACAAGCUGUCUGCAGUUUUAUUCUAUCGCAGCUGUCAGACCGAGGCCAUGGCAGAUACAGAGAGAGGAGGGGGAGUAUUUUUGUGGAGUUUGACAGCUUUCCCUUAGGAUGAGCGCAGUCUUCAGAUAAACCCUCUUUUGAUAAGUUCUUUUGUUUUCUAUUUUUACUGCCUUCAGUAGGAGAAGAAGGGGAUGCAAAUGUCACACAUCUCCCUUGAGGAUCCAUCUGAAGAUCUGUGAAAGAUGCAGUUUAGAGUUCCCAUCCAUGCAGUAAAAACACUGGAGCUAUUUUAAGAACAAACUUAUAUACUGUAGUCAUGCAGCACUGUCAAUCGGCACCAGUCACAAAGAAAUUAUCCGUCAGAUGUAACUUUAGAGUCUUUGGAUUAUUGGUCCCAUGAAUAAGAGCUGGGUGAUUAGUUGGAUUUUAAUCUGAUUUUGACUUCCUAUGAUCCUAAAAAUAUGAUCAUUGAGACUGAACGAUAUUGUUCCACCUGCUGUGUUGCCUUCAUUCAUACAUCCUCUGAAGCGCACACCCUCCCUCUCUUUUCUAACAGCAGAGCGUGGGUGCAGCUCCUCCGCUCAAACAGCUCUCACUUUUACUUCAUCAUGAGCAGCUCGGAGUUCUGGAGUAUGAGGAAGUUACAGGUCCCGCUAAGAUUUAGGAUGGACCGCUGUAUUUUUAACAUGCAACCGUGGUAGACUAUCAGGCAGCCACAAGUGGAGUGUGUGUGUGUGUGUGUGUGUGUGUGUGUGUGUGUGUGUGUGUGUGUGUGUGUGUGUGUGUGUGUGUGUGUGUGUGUGUGUGUGUGUGUGUGUGUGUGUGUGUGUGUGUGUGUGUGAUGUUGACAUGUAGUUACUGUCAGACUGGUUUGUGCUCAAGUCCUCUUUUUCUCUGUGAAGCUCCGUUUUUAAAAGUUAUUAGGGGGUUCAUGUUUUCUAUGAUUGACACCUGAUACAUCCUAUAGGCGUUCAGGGAUUGCGUAGCUCACCCAGGGGAUACACUGUUUGAGCCAAGCGUCAUCACAGCGACUCUUGGCGAUUCUCCCACCGAAUCCGCACAACGCUACUGGUUUCUGGAAAUGAAGAAAAAUCCCCAAAAUACUGAGAACUUUUUGGCUUCAAAUCUGUAUACAGACGGGAGGCGGAACCAAGUUGUCCAUAGUAUAUACAGUCUAUAAUAAACACCCACAUCCUACAACCCUGGCCUCUCCUAUUAUCAAAUGAAGAACAGUUCAACGCAUUGACUUAAUUUUAUUUUGAAAAUUAAACAGAUAUUUUACUCAGUAACCGCAUACAACUUCAGCAGCUGCCCAUGCUGUGCAGCGGCGUCCGACAAAAAUAGAAGCCUUGCGUAUCUGAUCCGGCGCGCAUUUGAUCCGCCUGCCGUGCCGGAGCGGAACCUGUGGGUUUUGCCCGUCAAAGUGAGAGACAUUGUUCUGGAACAUAAUAAAUCCAAACCCAAAUCUUGAUAUUAUAAAGGAAGUUAUAAAAACGCUUACAAAGACUGAAUGAUUUGUUAGAUCUGCAGCCUGUGAGAAUAUGGAAGCGAUAAAAGGCAGACAUGCUUUGCUAAACAAAAAGGGUAGGCUGUUUAUUUUGCCACUUAGUAUGUUUUAAAGAAAUUUAGUUUUUCAGUUCAGCGGAAGCAAAAGUCAUAUCAUGAAUAAUUAUUUUUAAUUGUUGUGUUAUCAGUAUCAAUCGAUAUAAGUGUGAUAAUGAUGCUCAUAAUUGAGCCCCACCACACUGCAGGUGAGAUGUAACAGAGGCAUAAAUAUCAUGUCCUGAACUUGCAGUGUGAGUAGUUAUAAAGGCUACCUGUGCAGCAGAAGACCAGCCACGUCUUCAUUCAGCAAGCAAGAAUGAAUUUAUUCAUCAGUGGAGUCUGGUGGCUUUGAAGGCUGUUUCUUGCUAAAAAUAUGGUGCAUCUUACAGCAAAGGAGUCUGCUUCUGUAUGGAUCCUUUCUGUGAUGUUGUCAGACUUAAACAAUAACUAUCUGAGCUUUUCUGCGGCUGCUCCUGUUCAUUCUUUUCAUAUGAAGACACGUGGUUUACUAAAAGUCUAUAGAGAAUCAUUGACCUUUGACCCUCAGUCCAAACAUAACUCUCUCUCCUCUCUCUUUGUCUCUCUUUCAGAUAAUGAUGAAUAAUGUUUCCUGCGACUUCGAUUGCGGCUGCUGGAGGCUUCGACAAUCUACGGCUAUCUGACGUCUUCCUGUGACGCACACCACGGACAGAAGGAUCUAUGCAUGAAACGAGGCGGCCUAACGUGUGUUUCAGGCACACUUGCAUGAUGAAUAAGUAGUACACUCCAGGCUGCAUUUCUUACUUUUGACUAUCCUCACCUGACACUAUUUUCUCACCAGUGUUCAUUCAGAAGUGCAUUAUCAUACUCAUGUUCGUAUUAACCAAAGUUUACGUCAGUUCUCUGUCAGAUGUUCAUGAGUGUUUGUUGUUUUCAUGUUGAGUCUUAGCAUAAAGCUGAUUGCGUAUUAGUUUGUUGCAGGUUUGGUGAGAAUCUUUUAUUUUGGCGGGCAAAGAUCUGGUCGUCUCAGGUGCUCUCUUUCUAAUUAUCACAAACUCGCCCGUGAAGCUUUAAAACCAGGUCAGACUUCAAACCAACACACCAUAUUUUACUGAAAACCAGUUCAACCUCCUUUUCUUACAGCUCUUUUCACCAAACAAGAUAAAAAAAAAAAAGAUUAUUUUCCAGAUUUCUUACCGUUUCAGUUAACCUAGAUUAAACAAUCUGAGAAAGCACUUUGUCCCCAGGGUACUGUAGCAAGACUGUGAUGAGCAUCACAGCAGCCAGGGGUGUACUGAUGGUGUGAGCGAUGAAGCAAUGGUACAGAUGUUAACAAUGAUUCCUAACUGAUUGUAAAGUAAUAAUUGUAAAUCUUUAUAUGAAUAAACACUUUUUUAGCAACCUUGA